GCCCUUAUAAUUCUUAAAAAAUAAUGGACAUUUUUGGGAAUCAUUAAUAGCAAAAUCUUUAAAUAAAAAAAUGUAUGGAAUAAUUAGUAACCAAAUGUGUAAUUUAGCCCUUAUAAUUCUUAAAAAAUAAUGGACAUUUUUUGGAAUCAUUAAUAGCAAAAUAUUUAAAUAAAAAAAGAUGUAUUGAAUAAAUAGUGAGAGCUUUAGCAGACCGGAUCAGGCAUUUCCCUCACAUUUUGUGGGCCGCCAUAACUCACCCAAGAAGCCUAGCGUACGCCGCGGGUCGGGUGAAAUUGGUGCAUAAUUAAAAGCACUCAAGUCCCUCAGUCGUCACUCGUCACUCACACAAGAAAUAGAAACACUAGUCAAGAACUACCAUGGCGUUUCUUGGGAAAGGGCGGAGAGUUGUGAUUCCAGCCGUUAGAACCUGGAUGACUGCAAGGAGCCCUACUCCAGGGAAGACAGUCACGACUUACAACGUUCCGCCAUGGGGACGUUUCAACAUCAAGGAAAUCAACCCAGUGACAACCACGUUUAAUGUUAUAAACGUCGGGUCUGCAAACAUUACACUAAAGUCGUACAUCAAGCAGCGGCGUAAACAGAUAGAAGUCAUGGAAGCAAGGGCAAGGAUUUGGAACGACGACAAGGAGUUGAAUGAAGAUCCCGAUGAUCAAUCCAAGCUCGUCCAAGUGGUGGAGAAAUUGGAGAAGUAGCUCGAUCGUAAUCACUACGCGGUGGCAGCUCUAACAACUGUUAGUAACGGAACAACAAAAAGGAACGAGGUUACCGAAUCUGGAGCUUAGUUGCGAACUAGGUCACUUUCUUUAAGACGUUCGCGAAACUUCCUUUGUUGUGCACGACAGACUAACAACCGGUUGUCUCCGGGAUAAAACAAAUCCUCUUGU